UAUUUUACUACAGUUUUACAUGGAUGUCAUGUGGCCGUGUACUGUUCCUGAGUCACAAUAUCAUAGCAACGCUCUAUGUGGCCAGAUCGGCUCUGCUUACACACUAACGUAAAAAAUAGAAUACUUGUGUUUGCUUGCUAGUUUUUCCACUCAUAGGGUAGCUAGGUACCAGAGUCAAAUGCAACACAUAGGAACAAUAUUCAUAAUAAUACAGCUAAUUAGCUUACGAACGUGAAUAUGCGUUUCCAGUCUAUGGGUUAAGUACGAGUGGUGCUUUUAUUUCUGUAGGCAAGCGCGUCACUUCCGGUUUAUGCUGCUAGCGCUAGCCGUUGCGCUACAUCCUUAGUUACUUCUUUAGCCUAAAAUCUGAUCCGGCUGACUGAGCAAGGACCGAGAAACUGAUGAGGACUUACUAAUGGAAAUGGAUGAUAAUGGCCUACAGACCUCUUGCUGUGACACAAGAUGGUCACAGCAACUGUCAGGCCUUCCUCACAAGCUCCUGCAGCGCCUGAUGCCUUUCCAAAAGGACGGAGUGGAGUUUGCUUUAUCUAAGAAUGGACGAUGUAUGAUCGCUGAUGAGAUGGGUCUUGGGAAGACGGUGCAGGCCAUCGCGGUGGCGUACGCCUUCAGGCAGGAGUGGCCCCUCCUGGUGGUGGUGCCCUCGUCCCUGAAAUAUCCCUGGAUCGAGGAGCUGGAGAGGUGGAUCCCCGAGCUGCAGCCCGGAGACAUCAACCUGGUGGAGAACAAGAGCCACACCAUGGGUAUCAGCAGCAGUAAGGUGACGGUGCUGGGUUAUGGCCUGCUCACCACAGAUGCACGCCCCCUGGUGGAGGCUCUGAACAGGCAGCGGUUCGCUGUGGUCGUAGUGGACGAGUCACAUUACCUCAAAUCCAGGAACGCAGCGCGGACUAAGAUUUUGGCACCUCUCAUUCAGAGCGCCAAGCGGGCCAUCCUGCUCACUGGUACCCCGGCCCUGGGUCGGCCUGAAGAGCUAUUCAUGCAGAUUGAUGCCCUCUACCCCAAGAUGUUUGGAACCUGGACUGACUAUGCCAAGAAAUACUGCAACGCCCAUUAUAGGUACUUUGGGCCUCGCAGGCAGUGGGACUGUCGCGGGGCGUCCAACCUGGAGGAGCUGCACCAGCGGCUGAGCCAGAUCAUGAUCCGUCGUCUCAAGGCUGAGGUGCUCAGUCAGCUGCCCCCCAAAACCCGCCAGCGUAUCCCCUUCGACCUGCCUAAGGAGGCUGCAAAGGAGGCCUCAGCCAGCUUCGCCGAGUGGGAGAGACUGAUGAAGGGACUGGGGUCGGGGGUCGUCACCAUGGACAACCCCUUCACUCAGGUCAUGGGCCUGGUCACACAGAUUUACAAGCAAACAGCUAUUGCCAAGGCGGGAGCUGUGAAGGACUACAUUAAGAUGAUGCUAGAGGCAGAGCAGCUGAAGUUCCUGGUGUUCGCCCACCACCUCACCAUGCUGCAGGCCUGCACCGAGGCCGUCAUCGAGGCCAAGGCUGGUUAUAUCCGUAUCGACGGCAGUGUCCCAUCCUCAGAGCGAAUUCAGUUGGUCCACAAGUUUCAGAGUGACCCAGAGACACGGGUGGCCAUCCUCAGCAUCCAGGCAGCCGGUCAGGGUUUGACCUUCACCGCUGCCAGCCACGUGGUGUUUGCCGAGCUCUACUGGAACCCCGGCCACAUCAAGCAGGCGGAAGAUCGAGCCCACCGCAUUGGACAAACGUCCUCGGUCAACGUGCACUACCUCAUCGCCAAGGGCACCUUUGACACCGUCAUGUGGUCCAUGCUCAAUAGGAAGGAAACAGUGACCGGCAGCACCCUGAAUGGCAGGAAGGAAUACCUGAAGGCUGACGAGGGCGAUAAGGACAAGUGGGAGUUCCUCAACUUUGCCGAUGCGUGGACGCCGAGGGAGAAGGUGCUGCCGCUGGAGGGAAACGCAGGAAACGUCAAAGAUGAUGUGUUCUUCACUCAUUUUGAGAAAGAGAAGCAGCACGACAUUCGGACCUUUUUCUCCCCGAAUGCCAGCAAGGAGAAGAAGAGGAAGAGAUUAGAAGAUGAAGAAACAUCUCCCUCCAUCUCCUCAGAGACUGCAGCACCAACUGGCGGUGGAACGAUCUCUGAAAAAAGAGAGGAGAAAAAAGAAAAGUCCUGCUCCCAAACCUCCGCCACACCUGACCAGGACUUCUCCCCCCAGCUGAAGAGGCUCCGGACGCCACAGCCCAGCCCGAGCCCCAGGUCCCAAUUUGGGGGGAAGCGGAGGUCGUCGGCUGGGGGGAUCAGCCCCAGCACCCCGGUCUUCUUCAUGGCCCCGCGGAAGCUGUCCGAGCCCGACCCUCCCACCGAGACGUGGAGCUGUGGGGCCUGCACCUACUCCAACAGCAGCCUGUUGCCUUACUGCGAGAUGUGCGAGUUCCCACGCUCUUCUUCUGGUGUUAGGUCAGAGCCACCCAGGCCUCAGCAACCCCUCUCAGGCAACCAGGCAUGCAUCGUCCUCUCUAGCUCCGACAGCGAGCCAGAGCUCAGCCAGGGAAAAGCCCAGCCUCCGAAAUCGCGCAAAGACAAACAGAGCGAGGAGGAGGAGGAGAAGGAGGAGGAGGAUGAGGAGGAGGAUGAGCCUCCGAAAGACAAACAGAAACUAGGAGAAGCAGAGGAGGACAAGCGGCAGCUCAAAGGCAAACAAUCAGCGGGAGAGCGAGGCGACAACGUCGCUGACGGUGGCGGCUGCCUCCCCCCUGACCACACACAGGACCGGAGAGCAGCGGUGUGUCUGUCUGCUGCUGCUGAUGCUAAUGACGAUGAUGAGGGCAAUAAUGGAGAUGACGUCAGCGCCGCCCAUCCCAUCUACCCGGGCCUGCAGUUCUGUGCCAGCCAGUACACAGACCGAAUAUAUCUUUACUCUAAGGACGGUACUUCGUUGAACUUGAGCUUCGUCCCUCUGGACAUCAAACUAACCAACUGGGACGACCUGCCCGAGGCUUUCAGCCGACGCCAGGAAAAUCGAAUACAGGUACUGAAGUUCGUUCAGGAGUGGAGCAGCCUGGCAGCCAUGAAGCAGAAACUGCUUCGACGCAGCGGCCUCCUCUUCCACAGCCCCACGUUAGGCUUGCAGCAGCUGGCCGCCGCCCAACGCCCUCACUCGAGCACCAAGAGGUACCUCAGUAAAGACGAGGUGGCCCAGGCCUCCCUGAGCAAGGCCCAGCAGGAGGGAGGCAGCGUCCGACUGGUCACCAAGGAAAACUUCUUCACAAAGAGGAGGUCUGCCGCUUCAGUAACACCAACUGCUUCAGAGAGGCAGGACAAAGAGUCCUGUAAGACAGUGGAGGAGCAGCCAUCAUCAGAGUCCGGCUACCUACAGGCAGUGGACAUCGAGGGUGUCCCUCUGUGUCUGUCCUGCCAGCAGGCCUGUUCUACCACCGGUGGGGCCUGGGACACUCGAUUCUGCAGCCACAGGUGCCAGGAGGAGUUCCAGUUGCGCUCCAGCCAGACAUACAUGCGCUCGCGGGUGCUGGAGGCGGAGCAGGGCAUCUGUCAGCACUGUGGCCUCCAUGCCCACGACCUGUUCCUGAAGGUCCGUGACGCCCUGCCCUCCCAGCGCAAGGACAUGCUGGAGAACACUUGGCUCGCCCAGCUGUCACUCAAACAGCUGAAUGAGAUGAUCCGCGCUCCGGUUGAAGGGGAUUUCUGGCAGGUCGACCACAUCCGGCCGGUCUACAGCGGAGGAGGACAGUGCUCUCUGGACAACUUGCAGACGCUCUGCACUGUCUGCCACAAAGCCAGGACGGCUCAGCAAGCCAAAGAACGGAGCCAGAUGAGGAAGAGUGUUGCAGCCUCCAAGGUUGCAUCAGAUAUCAGCAGGUUCUUCAUCAGGAAAUGAAAUGGAGGUUUAGUAAGGGUUGUAUAGGUGUAAAAUUUCCUAAAUCAAAUUGUUGAAUCCUCGCUGGCAUGAAGCCUCGCUUCUUACAGCGCGGAUGAAAAUGCAUCAUGAUUGUUCAAUGACAAAACUCACAUUAAAGUAUCCGAAAUGCCAUUUAUCCUGACAGAUUAGGAUAAAAGGCCGGAUUUCCUUUGAAUCUCUUAAAGAUCACUACUUUUCUUCUACCUCACUUUCCGAUAAUAUCAGUGGUGUCCUGUUGAACUCAGCUGUAGCUGUGGAGAUUUACCUAAAAAGCAGUGACGACUGCAUCAAAUGCAAAUUCAGCCAACUCCCCCCUCGUCCCCGAACCGUCACAAGUGCGGUAGGUUUGAUUUACGACGGCCCCCUUUUGCUCGAGGCUGAAAUGGAGCAGGUUGUUUAGAGAGAUGCUGCUAUUUUAAGAUUUCGCAAACUUAGUGAAAAGUAGCAGGUGAGAGAUGAAUUGGGGGCUUUGUGAUUUAAACUCCAUGGCAGAAAACACAACCAAGUGUCCUCAUUGGCGCCUUCAACAAGUGGCACCUUGUAAAAUCUUCCUUUUUAGAAGAUAGAUGAACGCUCCCUAGUGAAAUAAAAACCUAUUUUCAUCUUG